GAUUACCUUCUCUCCUACCUUUCGUCCAGCACCAUCAUAUUGAACGAUUUAUUACUACCUCUCUCCGUGCACAUGCGCGUUUACGUGCUCCAGUCAAGUGGACGGUAAUGAGUGUGCCUGUUGCGUACAUCUCGUCUCUUAUUUUGAAAACAUGGAUAGUAUUUUUUCAUUAGUUCUCCCCUCAUCAAACCAAGCAGACAAUGCGAUAACACGAUUAGCGGUAUAAUUCAAUUAUCUAUUUAGCUGUAUGAUUUAAUUUGUCUUUUGCGGAUCGAUAUACCACGGCUGAUAUGAUUCUUCCAUAUGAACGGGUAAAUUGUUCUAGAAAGUUACUCCCUAUUGGAGAAUGCAAAACAAUAAUCCCAUUAUACUUCUAAUUACCUAAUAUUUCGUAUAUCAUGUUCCAAAUCAAUUGGUUCCUAAGAAUAUAGGCUAUUGCCAUAUUCAAGCAAGCGUGCUAUCAAACAAUGAAGCUAAAUAGGCAACUGAAUAAUACAGCCAAUCUCCUAUUGUUCGCUUGGUCUGAUGACAGGAAAAUAAAUGAAAAAAUACUCUCCUUAUUGUCAAAAUAAGACAGGAGUUCUACGUACACACGCACACUCAAUGCCAGCCACUCGAUCUUACGCGGAUAGACGCGCACCAGAGCACACGUACAUGGAGAGAGAUAAUGGAGAAAGGUUUAAACGAAGAAGGAUUCAACGCAGUCGAGAAGGGAAAGUAAGGAUCUAUAACAACGUUGACAGUGCUUUUGAAUAUCGAACUAAUGUUAAUUUGGACAGCAAUUGGCUAGAAAAUUAUAUGUACCGUAAUAAUGUUUAUUUCGAUGCCGUUCGGGUGAUUGGGAACGAUAAAGAAAAUCUCAGGGCGAUUCACAAGGAUACCAAAAAGGAAGUUCUGCGAAUCAAUGUUGAAGAAAAUGGAGAAGAAAAUGGUGAUACAGGGGAUGAAGAAGGCGUAGGUGAGGAUAAAGAUGAGUCACAUUUCAAUGCAUUUAAUAUUGAAUUUAAUAUCGAAUUUCUUGGAAAAUAAUGCCAAUAAUGACAAUGUUAAUAUAUCGAAGUGAA